AUGGCUUUGAAGGGCGUUCAGUUGGGCCUGCGGGUCUGGCAGUUUCUCUGGACUCUUCUCGUCAUGGCCCUCAUCGGUAACAUGAUCGCCUCGGCCUUCAGCGGAACCCCGGCCUCUGUGAACUAUGCCAUGUUCACCUCAGCCUUCUCUAUGUUCACCCUGUUCUAUCUGGUCCCAGCAUCCUUCAACCUGGACUGGGCGAUCCACCCGAUCAUCAUGAUUAUCGUGGAUCUUCUGAACUGUAUUUUCUUCUUCUGCGCUGCCAUCGUGCUCGCUGCCCGCUUGGAAGUCCACUCCUGCAGCAACCAGAACUACCUGAUGCACAACGAAGUCGUCAACGGCUCCCACCACCGUGAGAGGAGCUGCCGCGAGGCCCAGGCCUCCACCGCAUUCCUGUGGUUUGGCUGGGCUGGGUACAUGGCCUCGGUCAUCGUCUCUAUCUUCAUGGCCCGCUCAAGCGGCCUGCCCAGUGGUGGUGCCCGUCGUGUUGUUGGACGUCCCAGCAUGGCUCAGGUCUAA